CCGCCGGCCACGUCGGUGGAUUCGUACAGCUCCUGGCGUCCGUUCGCCGUGUCCUUCCCCACCAGGAACAAAAUGCCGCAACCGGAAGGACGUAUAACAGAGUUAUUCUAGAGGUUGGUGACGACACGAGGUCGAGCUUCUCCGUCUCUCUAUGGUCCAACAAUACAAGCUCGACCAUAAUCGCUGGCGAUGUCUUACUGUUGCAGAAUAUUAAGAUAGUAGAGUUUAGAAAUGGCUUGGAGGGAAGAGCUUCUCAGAUGUCUGCAGUCCAAAUUUUGAUGAACUCUAAAGAUUUAGUGCAACCUGAAGGAAUUGACGAAUUCAUAAUUAAUUGCAAAGUCGGGAAUGCUACAAGAUCAAAAUUAAGAAGAGUGUCAGAGUGGAUCGUACACACCAAACGUACUCGUGCGGAAAAUCAUCAGCAGGUGAUGUUGAAGAAUUGGAAAGAAAGAAUGAAAAAUGAUUCGACAGACCUCUUGUCCAUCUCAGAACUACUACCUCAGAGCAAACCAUGUAACUUGAAUAUUUAUGCAUCUAUUGGCAAAAUUGUGUUAAUGGGUUCUCUUGGCCCUGAAAUGAAGGGGCAAUUAUCAGUCAUUGAGAAACAUUCCUUGAAUGGACAUAAUGAUAUUGUCAGAGAUUUUAUUACUACUGGAUGCAAGUUAUGUGGUUUACCUCUAUACCAAAAAAAUCUUCAUGGAGGCAGUACUUAUCCAAUUGAUUGCCCAGAUAAUCCAAAGUAUCUCCAUGUUGUUGGCCAGAUAUAUAAACCAUUCAUGAUCUAUGUGCAAGACCAAACUGGACAAGUUCCUGUGGUUGUGAAGAAUAAAGUUGCAGAGGCUUUAUUUUCUAAUAUUAGCGCAGAUGAUGUGUCCGAAUGCUACAAUAGCCGGCACUGCAUGCUGGUAGAUACUUGUGAAUCUGGCAGCUCAAGCACUUCCGGGAUGCUAGAUGGCACUGGCAAGAUAGGCAUUGCUAAAAGGAAGAGAACCAAAAGAAAGCUUGAUUUUCAUCUUAUCUGGCCCAUUCUUAUGAAAUGCGCCCUUCUUAUAAAAUGCCUGCUGAACCAAGGCAAGAAUAGUCCAUUCUGCUUCCAGAUUUCAGUCAACCCCGGGAAAAAUGUUGAGGAUGGACGAUUUGAACUGGUUUCUUUGACAAUGCCAAUACCAUGAGAUGGGAAUUCUUCUUUUACCACAUGUGUCGAACCAAACUAAUGGUCAUUAUGUGCUUCUAUCUACAAAAAGGGAGCUUUGCUGUUC